AAGAAGCGGAAGAGACGUGGCACAUAAACAUAGAGAGGAAGGACUCAGCUAGCUGCAGUCAACUUUACUGAUGACAGCUUGUGGAGACGCCUUCAGUGGGACCCUGACGGGGAAGCUUAAAUGACAGACGGACAACACCUGACACCAACGGGACUUGAUUAAAGUCUGUGUGACAGCACAGGUGGAUAUGGGUCUCUGCAAGUGCCCGAAGAGAAAGGUGACCAAUUUAUUCUGCUUCGAACAUCGUGUCAAUGUGUGCGAGCAUUGCCUCGUCUCCAACCACAACAAGUGUAUCGUACAGUCGUAUCUGCAGUGGCUGCAGGACAGUGACUACAACCCCAACUGUACUCUGUGUAAUAUUCCCCUGACUGCUCAAGACACUGUCAGACUUGUCUGCUACGAUGUCUUCCACUGGGCCUGUCUUAAUAACCUGGCAUCUCGGCUCCCCCUCCACACGGCUCCAGCUGGAUACCAGUGUCCCACCUGUCAGGGUCCAGUGUUUCCCCCCUCCAAUCUGGCCAGCCCAAUUGCCGAUGUGCUGAAAGAACAGCUGUCAUCUGUUAACUGGGCUAGAGCUGGUUUAGGGCUGCCGUUGAUUGAAGAGCCCAUCGGGGUCCUCGAGGAGACCACAGCUAAUGAUGUCACUGAUUAUACUGACUGGUCAACAUUUGAUGCACAAGAACAAAGUAACAUUUACCCCAGCCAUUCUUACAACACCAGCCUCACCCCUCCACCAAACUCCAUCUCACCGCCAGCACAGGAAGACCUUGGAGGUCUUCGUAAAAAUGGGGAUCCAAAUAUGCAGGAGCACGCUGUGAUCAACUUCACUACUGCCACCACCAGUGACACAAUCACAAUACACUCAGCAUCUUCCCCAAGGAAACUCUACGACACACGGGACGUUGGUCACAGCUCCGUCACACAGAUCGACUUUGAUGACGACAAGUACCGGCGGCGACCAGCGUUGAGUUGGUUUGCUCGAAUUCUCAAGAACCGCACGGGUGGAAAACGGACUUCGCUGUCCUGGAAACAGCGGGUCUUCAUGCUUCUUCUGGUCGGAGUUCUUGGAUUCUUUACGUUGAUAAUCAUCAUGGCUAAACUUGGACGUGCCUCGGCUGGCUCAGACCCAAAUUUAGAUCCUCUUCUUAACCCCAACAUUCGUGUGGGGAAAAACUGAUAACAAGCAUUGAUUCCUUCUUUUCCUUCUGUAUUACACAACAUAGGCUUGUGUAGAACGAGCUGAAGUGGGACUUUCUAAUACUCGGUUAGCCCAAUAGAGAGAGCUUUGCCCAACUUGAAUGGAAAAGAGAAUGGAGGCAGUCCCUGGCUCCAUUCGUUUACAUCAGGCAUUAGAAAUAUGCCAGACACUGAAAAUAUCUCACAACAUUCAGGAGGUUUCCUGUGAUCCAAGCAGAGCAACCUGAAAACUCCAGUGGUGACCAAGGCCCGAAGCGUAGAGACAAAGGAUCCAGUUCAUGUUGCUUUGAAUAGCUAAUGACAAAUAUUUAUAUUUCCAAUUCCAGCUAACACUUGUCAGUGAUCUUUUUAAGUUAAUUUUUUUUAAGUUCAGUAGAAACUAAAUAUACACUGUUGAUGUUGAAAGAACAUCUUUUGCUGGUAGAAUGUCAGAAUGUAUAUGAUCAGCAAGGAAACGCUCAGUAACACUUACACAGUCAGAACCUGAUUCCACAAGCUGAUUUGAACUGAGCGGCCAGAGGUGGCCUUCACAACUGGAAUCAAAUACCCCACACAUGAUUAAUACAUAACUAUUUAUGGGUGUGCAUUAUUUCUGAAAUUGAGUGCAUUGCUUUUAGAUUUGCCAUAUAUACUGUAUGUACAUUUCCCUGAUGUUUUUGACUGUCUAUUAAAUGGGAAUACUACAGAA